UUGACACUUUCAGGAAACACUCGUUUUUAUAUGUCUGUCCGUCUGUACCGCACACAGAUAGUUCUAUAGUUGGACAGUCAUUCUGUGGACACAUUUCUGGUACCAACCAGGCUAAAAGCUGGUCGGGCGGUAUCGGAAUUCCGUAACAAUACACUGAAAACAAAGAAUUGAACUUGUUUACUUGACAUGGAUGGAUUGUUAGUAAAAUACACAGAUAGAGUUGGUGGACAGACAUCUGUAGGAUAUCAUCGUUAUUUUGUAAAUGCACUUUGUCAAAAAACAUGCGAAGAAUAUUCUGGAUACAGAAGGAUCAGAUUUCACAGAUCAUAACCUUAUAAAUGGUUUUUGGCUUAAAGUGCUACAUAUGUCAGUCAAAGACGAACCCAGCGUGUGGUGACGUAUUUACAUUGACGCCGGACGGAGAUGACGUCACAGGUUUCUGUAAAACUAGCUGUUUCAAAUUUGUAGCUGCACGCAGUGAUAAUAAAGUUAUCAGUAGAGGCUGUUUACCAAGUAACAGAAUAAUACCCGAGUGUAAGAAAGACAGAGAUAAUGAUAUAUACGGCACGUUUUGCGCGUGUAAUCAAGAUUUCUGCAACCACGGGACAUCUGUGCAUGGAUUUAGUUUAUACCCAUUUUUUACUGUGUUGUACAUGAUAUUAAAAAUAUACAUGUAAUAACUA